AUGGAUUUGAUGGAAGCCUUGUUCCUAGAUGGAUAUGUUUCUGUGAAAUCAUUCUGUAAAGCCUUAUAUACUAAAUCAAAAGGAGAUGAUUAUAUCAAGAUUGAUGCGAUAUAUAAAAUGGUAACUGGUGAAUGUUUUCUGAGCUAUCUUUUGUUCAAAAAUGAUUUAAAAACCUUCAAGCCAAGAUUUCAAAAUUUUCACAAUCUAUCUAUAUGUCCUGCAUGUCCUAAAGAGUCUGGUACAUUAGUUUUAUCCUUUAAUGAAUUGUUUGGAUUGGUGAGAAAGUUUUCAUCAGGGAAAAGUCAUUACGAGCCAGUACUUAAAAAUCUUUACCUGUUGGAUCAAUCUAUUGUUGAUCAAUUUGUUAGUAACUACAACUGUAAACUCUCAGUAGAAGAAUUAAAGGUUUUUGAUAUUCAAAAUAAUAUACAGUGUAAUGAUUUCAAGGCAAUAAACUCAUUACGAUCUAAAAAAUCAAAUGCAAAACUUGACGAAACAGGUGUUUUUGGAUGUUCUUGCAGACAUGAAGUACCUAGACAAUUUUUUAAUCUCAAAUCUGGUGAAAGUUUGGCUAAUGCGGUUUAUUUAAUAAACCAAAUACUUGAUCAAGUUAAAGAGGAGGUUAAUGUUGUGGUAAUGUAUGAUAUUGCAUGCAUGCUUGUUAAACAUCUUAAAAAACGAGGAAGUAAUAUCCUUGAUAAGAAUGUCUCCUUUUGUAUUCCUUCUUUUCAUAUAUAUGGUCAUAGAUCAGCUUGCCAGUUAAAAUAUUCCCCUAAAUCAACUGUUGGUAUAGGUAUUUCAGAUGGUGAAGUUAUGGAGCGUCUUUGGUCUGCCCUUAGAAGAUUUUCAAAAAUCACUAAAGAGCAAACACCAAGUCAUAGAGCUGAUACUCUUACACUGGGUUUACUUCAUUAUGCACAAUAUUCGAUUAAUUCAAUAAGUAGAAGACUAUGUGCUCGAAUCGCCAAAGCUGUACAAAUUAAAGAUACUACUGAACUUGAAAAAACACUUAAGUCUAUUGGCGUUCUACAAAGAGAAGUUAUUCAAUCUUGGAUUGCAACAGAAAUUGAUAUGGAAGACUGUGGAAAUCAAAAAAAUGAUAAAGGUUUAAAUGUAUUUUACUAUGAAUUUUUAAUUUAAUAAUGUUAGAUUUAA